ACGAUCCUUAAGCAAAGGCGCCCAACUGUAUGGACAUGGUGGUUGUAACCAGGAAAACAAGAGCCCACUGAAACCUCACCAUUCUACCGCCAUGCCAUCGUCAAUCUCUCUCUCCUCUUUCUCUCUCCUCUCAGAACCUCGCUGUCGCCAUCGUCACCACCACCACCACCUAUCCACCGCUGUCCAUCGCAAAACCCCAUUUCACGCCGCUCCUCUCUCCAUCAAGAACUCCACAAACAAUAAACCACCACCGCCACAGCCCACCAAGACCACCUCAUGGGUUAGCCCGGACUGGCUGACCUCAUUAACAAAGUCUUUUACUACAUUUGGCCCCAAAGAUGACUCUAACAUACCAAUUGCCAGUGCGAAGCUGGAGGAUGUUUCGGACCUCUUAGGUGGGGCGCUCUUCCUCCCAUUGUUCAAGUGGAUGAAUGAGUAUGGGCCUAUUUAUCGUUUGUCUGCUGGGCCCCGGAAUUUUGUGAUUGUCAGCGACCCUGCCAUUGCGAAGCAUGUAUUGAGAAACUAUGGGACUAAAUAUGCUAAAGGGCUGGUGGCAGAGGUCUCCGAGUUCUUGUUUGGCUCUGGAUUUGCCAUUGCUGAAGGAUCCUUAUGGACGGUAAGGCGCAGGGCCGUGGUUCCAUCACUUCACAAAAAGUACUUGUCGAUAAUAGUCGAGCGGGUCUUUUGCAGAUGUGCUCAGAGGUUAGUGGAGAAGCUCAAGUCAGAUGUACUUAAUGGCUCUUCUGUGAACAUGGAGGAAAAGUUUUCUCAACUUACGCUUGAUGUCAUUGGUCUAGCUAUAUUCAACUACAACUUUGAUUCUCUUACCACCAAUAAUCCAGUUAUUGAUGCAGUUUACACUGCAUUAAAAGAAGCAGAGAUGCGCUCAACUGAUUUAUUGCCAUACUGGAAGAUCGAAGCUUUAUGUAAAGUAGUACCAAGACAGAUUAAAGCUGAAAAGGCCGUUUUCUUGAUCAGACAAACUGUUGAAGAACUCAUAUCAAAGUGCAGAGAGAUUGUGGAAAAUGAGGGUGAAAGGAUCAACGAGGAGGAGUAUGUGAAUGACACAGACCCCAGCAUUCUCCGGUUCUUGCUUGCUAGCAGAGAGGAGGUCUCAAGUGCACAGCUAAGAGAUGAUCUUUUGUCAAUGUUAGUUGCUGGUCAUGAAACCACUGGUUCAGUAUUGACUUGGACGUCAUAUCUGCUAAGUAAGGAUCCAUCUGCUUUGAGAAAAGUGCAAGAAGAAGUUGAUAGAGUUUUACAGGGACGGCUACCUACAUACGAGGACAUAAAGAAUCUCAAGUUCUUAACGCAUUGCAUAAUUGAAUCAAUGCGUCUAUAUCCACAUCCGCCUGUCUUGUUAAGAAGAGCUCAAGUGACUGACAUGUUACCUGGGAACUACAAGGUCAAUGCUGGUCAAGAUAUCAUGAUUUCAGUAUACAAUAUUCAUCGCUCGGCACAGGUUUGGAAUAGAGCAGAGGAAUUUAUGCCGGAAAGAUAUGACUUAGAAGGGCCAGUUCCCAAUGAAACAAAUACUGACUAUAGAUUUAUUCCAUUCAGUGGAGGACCGCGUAAAUGUGUUGGUGAUCAGUUUGCUUUGCUAGAAGCAAUUGUUUCCCUUGCAGUUUUCGUGCAAAACCUUGAUUUUGAGUUGAUCCCAAAUCAAAAUAUUGGCAUGACCACUGGUGCCACUAUUCAUACAACAAAUGGCUUAUACAUGAAAGUGACUGAAAGGCAAACUACAUCCACCUUAGCUGGAGCGAAUUCUAUCAGGUCACCAACGGGUUUUUGAGGGUGAGGUGACUGCAAGUUAUGUUUAAAAGAAUAGAAUUUUGUAAACAUGAAGAAAAUGUUGGUUUCCAUAGCAAGUUUAUGCUUCCUCAAUAAUCUAUAUCUGUAUUCCUAUGUACUUUAUGUGUAAAACUAUUUAUUGAUCUCAUUGUUUCUAUUAUUUGAUUUUUUUUAUUCUAUUAUUUAGAAGAA